AUGAUUCUUCCCAUCCCCGGUGGCCUCCCAGAAUUCGCUAAGCGACUCCCACCCACCAAAGAGCCAAUCCACCCCCCUCCCACAAGGGAAGCGCGCGAUCUCUUGGAAAAAGUCACAAAGUACGGAGGAAAGGCAAUUUCCAAAUACGCUCAUCACAAAGCCAAGGGCAAACACUCAAAGACCACUGGAGCUCUGAAGAAGGGUGUCAAACUAGUCACAGGCUAUGGCUGGUUGAAAUGGCUAAUUCUUGGUAUAUCCCUAAUAGUAAUUCUGCUUCUCAUCUAUCAGGUCAGGAAGAAAGGUGGUUACAAGAAGCGACGUGCAGCAUUGGAAGCAGAGGCGCGAGCGGCGUUUGAAGGAAACAACGAUGAUAACAUUGAUCCUUCGACGAUUCCUUUCAAUCAGCCCUGGUCUCACAGGGGUAUGGCCGAGAGAAGAGCUGCAGCAGAAGCGGUGUAG